AUGCUGGCGCUUCCCGCCAUAGGUGGCGCUCAUUUCAAUAUGGCGGCAGCCGCGGAGUAUCAGCAUGUUAUGCUUUCAGCGAUGGAAAAUGAUGAUGAUGAGAUGCUUUUAAUGCUUUUACAAGACCAAGAAAGAACAGGACAUGUAACUUAUGAUCCCGAAUGGCCAAGGUUUGAUUUGGAGACCUUGACAGAUGACCAGUGUAGAGAAUAUUUUAGGUUUUAUAAAGAUGACAUCAAGAGGCUGGUCAGGGUUCUACACAUUCCCAAUAAAAUAAUAUGUGAAAAUGAUGCCUUUGCUAGUGGCACAGAUGCCUUUUGCAUUCUUUUAAGGAGAAUGGUUUAUCCAAAUAGACUGGCAGAUUUGGAGCCAAUGUUUGGAAGACCCAAGUCCACACUGUCCAUGAUUUCGAAAGAAAUGUUGAACUUUAUUUUACAAGAACAUGGGCAUCUUUUGGAAAAUUUUGACCAGCCAUGGUUGGAUCAGGCCCAUUUGCAGACGUAUGCAGAUGUUAUCCAUGCUAAAGGGGCACCACUAAGGAAUUGCAUUGGAUUCAUAGAUGGGACUGUGCGUCCCAUAUCUCGUCCAACUGUGGAUCAAAGGGUUGUUUUCAAUGGUCACAAGCGAACUCAUGCCCUAAAAUACCAAUCGGUGGUGACGCCAAAUGGUUUAAUUGCCAACCUGUUUGGGCCAAUUGAGGGCAGGAGACAUGAUUGUGCCCUUUUGCGCCUAAGUGGCCUGGCAGAAAAGGUAGAGGCUUUAGGUGGACAGUUUGAGGACAGAAAUGGGGACCGCUUUGCAAUAUAUGGUGACCCUGCAUAUCCAAUCAGGGAUUGGCUGUUGUCUCCUUUCAAGCAGGCUGUGCUCACUGCAGAGCAACAGCAGUUCAAUGGGAGCAUGUCACAAGUGCGAGAGUCUGUAGAGUGGCAAUUCGGAAAAAUUGUUAAUUUAUUUGCGUUUGUAGACUACAAAAAAAACCAAAAACUGUUUUUGCAACCUGUUGGGAAAAUAUAUUUAGUGGCAGCACUGCUUUCCAACUUCCACACUUGCUUAUAUGGAAGCCAAACUAGUCAGUACUUUGGCUUAGAUCCCCCUACUAUAGAAGAGUAUGUCGGUUAG